AUGGCAUCGACCGCGGUAGCGACACAGCUGGCCUCUCCUCACAAGCCAGCCAAAACACCAAAACAACAACACGAACAACAACAGCAACAACAAACAGACCUCCUCCGCAAACCGCUCUCUCGCAUCGCCACACAUCCCACGCUGUCUCCCUUUCGCCGGCGCGUCUACCGCACACUGCUCUCUGUCCCCCGCGGCCGCUGGACCACAUACUCUGCACUCGCUCGCCAUCUCUCCUCAGGCCCACGCGCCAUUGGAAGCGCAAUGAAAAACAACCCGUUCGCGCCCGCCGUGCCGUGCCACCGCGUGCUGGCCACCGACCGCUCGCUGGGCGGCUACAAGGGCGCGUGGAACAACGGCGGCGAGUACUCGGUCGAGAAGCGCAAGCUGCUGGACGAGGAGGGCGUAUUGUUUGAUGAGACGGGCAAGGCUGGGGGGGUUUGUAUAUAUAAUCUGUGCUGCAUCUCACGGCUACACCGGCAUCAUGAGACAUCCCAUGCCAAAAUGCGCUCCCUGAUCCUCACCGCACUGGGCAGUCUUGCCUCAGCAGCAGCAGCAGCAGCAGUAGACUACUCGCAGUAUGUGAAUGCCUUCAUCGGCUCCGAAGGCCCAACGCCUGGUCAGGGCUUUGGCGGAGGCGAUAUCUUCGUUGGCGGCGCGCGUCCGUUUGGCGUCGUCAAGUUUGGCCUCGACAGCACCGCCGCCAACUGGGAUCUCGCCGUGCUCAAUGGCGGCUGGACGCCAGACGGCAAUGUCACUGCCUUCACCAUGAUGCACGAGAGUGGCACUGGCGGCGAGCCCAAGUACGGCGUCGUCCCCCAGAUGCCACUGACCUCGAUCGAUGCCCCUGUGAACAUCCUCGACAACAGCACUUAUGCCCAGCCGAGGGUUGGCAAUGACACGGCCACGGUCGGAUAUUUCAAGACGACCCUGCAAAGCGGCGUCGUGGCAGAGCUGUCGGCCUCGAGACACGCCGGUAUCAUCACAUACUCGUUCCCCAGCGGCGAGAAAUACGUCCUCGUCGAUGUUUCUCAUUACCUCCCCGGCUCUCCAGGAAACCCCAGCUCGCAGUUCUACGUUGGCGGCGAGAUCGAGAUCAACGACGAUGGCAAAUCGUACCAGGGCUAUGGCACCUACAUUGGCGGAUUCAAUAAUGGUGCCCCGUUUACCAUUUACUUUUACGGCGAAUUCUCCACAGACGCCAAAUCUGCCCAGGUGUUCUCCGGUGCAAACACAGAUCCGAUCCCCCGGUACCAUGUCCAGGCCAACGGCGACAUUCCCCAGCCUAUCUAUGGCAAUCAAACAACCAAGGCAUCGUCAGGCCCUAUGAAUGACCGUGUUGGUGCUCUGUUCAGCUGGGACAGCGACGCGCUGGAUGAGAUUUCGUCUCGCAUCGGAAUCUCGUUUAUCUCGACCGCCAAGGCAAAGGCCUACAUUGCCUCGGAGAUUCCCUCGUGGAAGGUCAACGACACCGUCUCUGACGCAGUCAAGGAAUGGAACCAGGACGUCUUCAGCAAGAUUCGGGUGCCCGUUGACGACUCGACCAACAUGACCAACGUGCGACUCUUGUACAGCUCGUUAUACUUUACGCAUCUCAUGCCGUCGGACAGGACGGGCGAGAACCCUCUGUGGGAUUCAUCGGUGCCGUCGUGGGACGACUUCUACACCAUGUGGGAUAUUUUUCGCUGCACUGUGAGCUUGUACCACAUCAUCCAGCCGAAAUACUACGAGUCCAUGAUCCGUGGCGUCGUCGACAUUUACACACACGAAGGCUUCAUGCCCGACGGACGAUCAGGCAACUGGAACGGACUGACACAGGGAGGCUCCGAUGCCGACAAUGUGCUUGCCGACGCCUACGUUAAAGGCCUGCGCGGUGAUAUAGACUGGUCCGAGGCGUACGCAGCUAUGGUCAAGGACGCCGAAGUCAUCCCAUACAACACCUUUGACCCAACCGACCUGACAGGCAGCACAAAGGAGGGCCGCGGCGCCCUCGGCGACUGGCUCGAGCUCGGCUACAUCUCCGUCGACCGCAACUCGCGCUCUCUCUCGCGCACAGUCGAGUACAGUCUGAAUGAUUUCGCGCUGAGCCAGGUUGCCGCAGGUGUGAAGCCCGAAGAUCAGCUAAAGUAUCUGAAUAGGUCUGCUGGGUGGCAGCAUAUAUGGGAUCACGACGUUAGCAGUUUGAAUUUUACGGGGUUCCUGGCACCAAAGUUUUCGAAUGGCACCUUCAAUUACACUGGCUAUGACCCGUUAUAUUGCGGUAAUUGCGAAUGGAGUGCCAUUACGUAUGAAGGGAUUCCAUGGGAGUAUUCCUUUGUCAUCCCUCAUGACAUGAAAACGUUGAUCGAGUUUAUGGGCGGAAACUCGACCUUUGAGUCCAGACUAGACACUAUGUUUGUGCCUGGUCUUGCCAAGCAGAACCUCGGAGCCAACGGCGCCGGCAUAACGACACUGAUGAACAUUGGAAACGAACCUGAUUUCAUGACCCCCUAUCUGUACCACUACAUCAACAAGCAGGCCAAGUCGGUGCAGCAGACACGCAACCUCAGCACUACAUACUUCAAAGACGCCGCAUACGGUGUCCCCGGCAAUAGCGACGCCGGAGCCAUGAACUCAUGGCUGCUCUGGCAGCUGAUAGGCCUGUACCCCGUCGUCACGCAGCCAGUCUACCUCGUCGGUUCGCCUUCUUUUCCCGAAAUCAAUAUGACAGUCAACUUUAACAAAACCCUGCACAUCACCGCGUCCGGACUCGACCAGGGCUUCUACGUGCAGAGUCUCAAGGUGAAUGGCAAAAAAUGGAACAAGAACUGGUUUGAGCACGAGGACGUGUUUGUCAACGGCGGUAGUAUCGAAUUUGAGCUGGGCGAGGGGAUGAAGAACUGGGAAUCUGGCGAUGUGCCGCCCUCGCCGGGCCAUUUUACUGUGUAG